CAGCCCUAAAAUCUAAUAUCGUCUUCCUGCAGUCAAAAAUUCGAUCAUCGCAUCGCUACAUGGCCCGCGAUGUCCACCAGCAAUGGGAUGACGACAGCUACUCGGAGAGGGACAGCGAUGAGAGCCCCAUUCACUCGAACAGGUACGAUAAACGUCGCUACCUACCUAGGGAGCUCCGCUUCGAGCGCGAACGUCGCUGGGCGGUGACGGCGCUUGCCAAGUGCUCUCUGUUCAGCACGGCCAUGAUCCUGUUCUGCGUUCUGCUCUACAUACCCGUGUACAACAGAGCCAACGACCAGCUGCCUAAAGUGGCGGUAGCAGGAUGGUCGAUCCACACGAACAGAGACACAAAGAUAUACGUGCAGCCAGACAACGUGACCACAAUACACGAGCCAAAGGACGUAUGUCCGAAAUCAAACAGAAAAACUAGAAACAGUCUCUUCCUUCUCAUAGUGGUCUGUUCUUCCACGAGCAACUUCGCCCAACGCCUAGCUAUCAGAGAGACGUGGGGUAGCUACGACAACUACCUCCAAACAGCAAAAAUAUUCAAUACCGUUCGAGAGAAAUAUAAAAAUUAUAACUAUACCUAUGAUCUGUACGAGGAUCACAAAGUUAAUUUAAGUGUAAAUUUAGAUAGGAACAAACGAGAUAUGACCGGUUUGAACCAGUUAUUACCGGAACUGGCGAAAGCUUUGCAGAAUAACGUGGUUGACGUGGAUAAUGUGACGCCAGAGAAGAGGUUCGAGGAUGAAAAAGAAGAUAUGUUACCUGAGUUCGAUAUGAACAAGGAAUUAAAUGAUGAAGAAGACUUAAACGUGGAUUAUGAUUACGAUACUAACAUUAUGAAAAUUCCGCCAAAGGGAUACGAGGAUAACCCAGAUUUGGACAAAGUCUUGACUCUUUUAAAGAAGUCGAAGGAUUUUCCUAAAAAUGAGAUUUUGCAGCACGAAUCUAGUAACACUGAUGUUGAUUUUAAAUUGGUGUUUUUAUUGGGGUUGCCAUCGCAGGAUAAUGAUACGGAGAUCCAGGAGAAGAUUGACGAAGAGGUAGAGAAAUAUGGAGAUGUGAUUCAGGAGGGGUUCAUAGACUCGUACAACAAUUUGACGCUGAAGUCCAUCAUGAUGCUUAAAUGGGUCACCAAUAAUUGCAACGAAAGUGUGCGCUACAUCCUGAAGACAGACGACGACAUGUACGUGAACGUGCCGCAACUUGUUCAGAAUCUGCGGAACAGGUCUAAGGUCCACGAUACCACCACGCCCCAGGAGAAGGAGUAUCUACUGAUCGGGGACCUCAUCUGCGGUGCAAAACCAGUACAAGAUGUCGGGAACAAGUGGUACGCCCCCCGCUACAUGUACGGCGGGCGCGUGUACCCGCGCUACCUGUCGGGCACGGGCUACGCGCUGUCCGCCCCCGCCGCGUCCGCGCUGUACGAAGCCGCUCUGCGGACCGCGUACUUUCACCUCGAGGACAUCUACAUCACCGGUAUGUGCGCGGUCAGAGCCAAGCCGCGCAUAGUCCCGCGCGACGAGCCGGGCUUCUCGUACAGCGCGGCGGGCAACGACCCGUGCGCCGCGCACGCGCACCUCACCGCGCACCGCGUGCCGCCGCCGCGCAUGCGCCACGUGGCGCAAGAGCUGCGGCGGCCGCGCCGCGUCGACAGGUGUGAAAGGAUACGGCUGACACAGGUAAGAAAAGCCCGACUGAAGCCGAAAAAACCGCCCAAAAAACUUGUAAAAGUACCUCUGACGUAACAACAGUGUACACAGGCGCAUGACAUACUUAUAACAUGACAUAACUUGUAAGAGUUAAUUAUAUAUCUAGAGUUAUAUGUAAACAAAAAAAAUUAUGGUCUGACAUGAGAAGUAAAAUUUAAAAAAAAAUUGGUAUCCCUAAAGCAGUACGAGUAUUAUUCCUAGCAUUGACUCAGUUUGAUACUUGAUAAGUAAAGUUUUAAAAUAUUGAUUAAUUCAGAAUUGUC